AUGGAAGAGUGGCUCCAGUUAGUGGUGUAUCCAGGUGGCUGUUUGGCCUCAGAGUUGUCUUUCCUGCUGCAGCCCAGCGAUGUGAUCGCAGUCAGGGACCGUCCUCUGAUGCUGGACUGUCAGGUCCAGGGCGAGGAACCCGUCACCGUAACGUGGCGCAGAAACGGGACGCCCCUACCAGCCAGCCCACGGUUCCAGGUUCUGGAAAACGGCACGCUGUUGAUCCAGAGAUUCCAGAAACGCCGAGAGGGCAGCGAUGCAGAUAUGGGAGAGUAUGAGUGUGCAGUCCAGAACCGCUACGGCCUGCUGGUCAGCCGCAGGGCAAGAGUCCAGCUGGCAUCUCUUCCGAAGUUCCACACUCAUCCAACAUCCAUGUAUGUGGAUGAGGGAGGGGUAGCUCGCUUCCAGUGCCAGAUCAGCGGAAUACCUGAGGCCAGCAUCACCUGGGAGAAGAACAGAGUCCCACUGAACACCACAGACAGCAGGUACACUCUCCUCCCCAUGGGCAUUCUGCAGGUCACCGGGGCCAGGAGGGCGGAUGCCGGGGUUUUCCGCUGUGUGGCCGCCAACAUCGCCAACAUUCGCUACAGCCAUGAGGCCACACUGAACGUGACAGGUGGAGCUCCCAGAACCUACAAGGAGCCAGUCAUCCUGUCUGGACCCCAAAAUCUAACCAUCACUGUCCAUCAGACGGCCAUCUUGGAAUGCAUUGCCACAGGAAACCCAAGGCCCAUCGUCUCCUGGAGCAGGCUCGACGGGCGCUCCAUCGGGGUCGAGGGGAUCCAGGUGUUGGGAACUGGCAACCUGAUGAUCUCAGAUGUCUCCCUGCAGCACUCUGGUGUCUAUGUGUGCGCUGCCAACCGACCCGGAACCAGGAUGAGGCGAACGGCGCUCGGACGCCUCGUAGUCCAAGCUCCACCAGAGUUCGUACAGUGGCCGCAGUCUGUGUCCAGACCAGCAGGGGGCAGUGCUGUGUUCACCUGUGUGGCCCAAGGUGUUCCUGAUCCCCACCUCAUCUGGCUGAAGAACGGGAAGGUCCUGAUUCCUGGACAAAACGUCAAACUGACUAACAACAACAGCACCCUGGCUCUGACCCGGAUCGGCUCAGAGGACGAGGCUAUCUACCAGUGCAUAGCUGAGAACAGUGCCGGUACCAACCAGGCCAGCGCCCGUCUGGCUGUGACCCAGGUUAAAGACCUGCCAGCGGCCCCCCAGGGCCUCACAGCCAGCCCCUUGUCCACCAACGCUCUGCAGAUAACGUGGAGCCACCAACCCGCCAACAUCACUGACAGCAUCAUCGGAUAUGUCCUUCACAUCCGCAAGAUCGGAGAGCCUGAUAACAUGGAGCUGCAGGAGGCAAUCAGCAAAGACUCCUUUCAGCAUGACGUCUCCAACCUGGAGCCAGCCACCACCUACUCCCUGUACCUGAAGGCCUACUCCUCCCUGGGAGCCAGCCAGCAGUCCUACACCGUGGUGGCUACAACCCUUGGGGGAGUUCCGACUCCACCCACCUACUUCAUCAAGGUGCUGAACUCCAGCUCGGUCCAGGUUCUCUGGGAGCUGCCCAGUAAGCCUGGCAAAGCUGAGGGCUUCAGGCUGUCCUACCGCAGGGUCCCCCACACUGACUACCAGGGGCCAAUUCAGCUGCCAUGUCACACCAAUGCCCACACCAUCACUAACCUCGAACCAGGUGCUGUCUAUGAAGUCAAACUGGUGGCCUACAAUGGAAAUGGAGAGAGUGACUGUUCCAAGAGACUGGUUUCACUGGAAGAACAGGGAAUGAGCGACCAUAUUACUGGAGGAAAAGGUCUGUGCCAGUGCAAGGAUGGUGAAGCCUCUCUGGGCAGCGCUGUCAUCGGCAUCCAUAUUGGCACCGCCUGCAUCAUCUUCUGUGUCCUCUUCCUCAUGUUUGGUUACCGUCGCAGUCUGUUUUGCAGCAAAGGGACUCAGGACAGCUGGUCUGUACCCAGAAUCGCUACAGAACACAGCGGCAUUCCUAAAGGUGGAGCAAGUUGCACCAGGGUGGAGUCUGAGGCUCAGCUGGGAACAGCGCAGCUUCUUUUCAUCCUGUUAGGAAAAUAUUUCAGAAAACCGCCAGAGAUCCGGUUCGCCCUCCGGACUCCACCACCACUCUGCUUUUUUUUCAGCUCCAAUGGAGGUGACAUGGCUCUCCAUUCAGACACAGACAACAACAGACCCACUGACCAAUCACAUCUCUCUCUGUCUCCGCCGCGGAAAUUAAAGACCAAUCACCUGCCAAGUUGGUUCUGCUGUGAACAGAAGCAGCCAAUCAGCGACCUGUCUGUACUUUACGGAGUAGCAUUCUGA